AUGACCGACAACACCAACCCCGGCAACUUCGCCAACCGCUCCAAGGACGAAGUCCGCGACAUUGCUUCGAAAGGGGGCCAGGCGAGUCACCAGGGUGGCUUUGCAUCCAUGGAUCCAGAUAAACAACAUGAUAUUGCUUCCAAGGGUGGUCAAAUGUCGGGAGGGUCUUUCGAGGUGGGUAGUGAGAAGGCGAAGGAGGCGGGACGCAAGGGCGGUCAGAAGUAA